AUGCCACCAAAACCAUCUGCGAAAGGAGCGAAGAAGGCGGCUAAGUCCCAUAAACCGCGAAGUGGUGAUAAGAAACGCCGUAGUCGGCGAAAGGAAUCGUACUCGGCAUAUAUCUAUCGAGUUCUGAAACAGGUACACCCUGACACGGGCAUUUCGUCGAAAGCUAUGUCAAUUAUGAACUCGUUCGUUAACGACGUUUUCGAACGCAUUGCUGCGGAAGCAAGUCGCUUGGCCCACUACAAUAAGCGCUCUACAAUUUCAUCUCGCGAAAUUCAAACAGCCGUUCGGCUCAUUCUUCCUGGUGAGUUGGCGAAGCACGCUGUUUCGGAGGGCACAAAGGCCGUUACGAAGUACACGAGCUCGAACACGCUGGAAAUGACAGGGGUACAUUCCAAGACAUGUUUACUGGAGUGA